UCGAACCGUCAGCGGGCCACAGUCGCUGUUUUUCGAGUUUAUUGCCAACUGUGACUUGGCUCGGUGCGCAACGGUUUCGGUAGUUGGUAGUUUCGGAGCUGAAGUUUUCCCGCUUGUGACUGAAAAAUGCUUGACACUUGGCUAGAGGAAAAGUAAAGAAAAUCCAAGAUCGAAUUAAAUACAAUUUGUGUGUUUGUGAGUGUGUGUGUGUGUUGGUGCCCCAACUGUGAUCAAUCAUAUCAUAUUGCCCGAAAAGAAGUACUUUUUCAACCGAAUGGAUAUCAAAGCCUCGACGCCGCCUGCACUCGAAGUGGCUCCUGGCCAACCGGGAUCGCCAAUUCCCAAGUCGGUGGCGAUUUCCGGUGGAGCGGGAUCCACGGGAUUGGCCAACUCCUCCAUGGCCACCAGCAACACCGCCGCCACAUUCCAGCACAUUUUCGAGCAGCUGGUGCAACAAGGCGGCGGCAAUCACAAGCUGCCGCCCAAACAACUGGAGCACCUGCGCCACCUGCUCGGCAAUGUCAGGGAUGCCAAGAAUCUGCAGAUGAUCGUGGAGAAGUUCAAGAACCUGGAGCAGUUCCACGAGCACUAUGCCGCCCACCUGGCCAACAACAACACUGUGAUCUCGGCGGAAGAUAGCAACGAAUUGCUGAAGGAUAAUGCCAGGAAGUUCGGAUCGGGCGGACAAACUCUAACGCCCCGCCACACAAUCGAUGCCAUUCUGGGUUUGAAGAAUCGCAAUGGCACUGGAAAUGCCCGAAACCCGGAAACGGUCAACGAUGGCACCAUUGACCCCUCUUUGGGUGAUGAGGACGCCACUGACCUGCGCUGCGGAAUGACUCUGACGCAGCUGCGCAGCAUGGACAAUCACAUGGCGAGCAUGUUGCAGCAGCACGCGAAGAACGGCGGCGUCUUGUCCUACGGCCCACCCACUCCGCCAGGGGGUCAGCAGCCCCCGGUGGCGAGUUCGGCGCCCCUGCACCAUGGACCUCAAAUGGGCGGCCAGCCAGGACAUCCGACGCACUCUGCUCAUCCGCCGCACCAUGGACACGCGCCCUUUGGCUAUCACAAUGCCUUCGGGUUCGCCCAGGGUCAUGGGUAUGGACACCAGGAGGAGGCGGCGGGCAAUUACCUCAACUCGAUGCACCAGAUGGUCGAGGCCAAUCAAUUGCAGCCCGGCGGCUCGGGACCAGCUCCACCAGCCCCGCUGCCCCCCAGUUCCUUCGGCAGUCAUCAGCAGCACUUGGCCGCUCUGGCGGCUCAGGCGCAGGAGCAGCAGAAUCAGCACUCCAAAUAUGGCAAGUCAUCCCCCACUGGAGCGGGACCACCUCCCCCACCUCCGCCCCAAUCGUCGGUUGGCUAUUUCAUGGAGUCGCAGACGGCGCCUGUUGGCCCAGCGCAGAUUGGCUACGACGAGCGUUCAAUGUCCUCGGCCAGCGAUUUGGAGGAGGACGACGAUGAUGCGGCAAAGUUGCAGCUCGACGUGACCUCGCCGCCCACUCCGGCGCCACGUGGUCCGCUGGCGGGCAAGCGCAAGUCCGCCGGCAUCUUCUGUGAUGAUAAUGAGCCGAAAUUAGCCAACGGUCAGUUGGGGGGCAAUUACGGCAUUCGGGCUCGCAGCCUCGAGGAGGUGCACCAUCAUCAGCAGCAGCAGCAGCAGCAACAGUCGCAUCACCAGCAGCAGCAGCAGCAACUGCAACAACAACAGCAGCAGCAACAGCAGCAGAACUUUCAGCAUGACUUUCGCAACAACAACGGCAACGGAAAUCCCAGCGGCAACAGCAACAGCAACAACAACAAUGGCAACUCUGGCGAUCACGGCGAGCGUUUGAAUGCGGACAACGACAGUUUGGUCAACGGCAGCUGCGCCUCCAGCGAGGAUCUCAACCAGACGAACAGCAGCGAGCAGGGCGAGAAGAUCACAUCCGGCAGCGACGACGAGGGUCAAGACGAUAACUGCGCGAAGAAGAAGCACCGCCGGAACCGCACCACCUUCACCACUUACCAACUUCACGAGCUCGAAAGAGCCUUCGAGAAGUCGCACUACCCCGAUGUCUAUUCCCGCGAGGAGCUGGCCAUGAAGGUGAACCUGCCCGAAGUCCGCGUCCAGGUUUGGUUCCAAAAUCGUCGCGCCAAGUGGCGUCGCCAGGAGAAAUCGGAGAGUCUCCGCCUGGGAUUAACCCACUUUACCCAGCUGCCGCAUCGACUGGGCUGUGGUGCCUCUGGAUUGCCGGUGGAUCCUUGGCUAUCGCCACCACUGCUGAGUGCUCUGCCAGGCUUUCUGUCGCAUCCGCAGACGGUGUACCCCAGCUAUCUGACGCCGCCGCUGAGUCUGGCGCCCGCCAACCUGACCAUGAGUAGCCUGGCGGCCAUGGGCCACCAUCACGCCCACAGCGGGCCACCGCCCCCGCACGUGGGUCACGGGGGGCAUGGUCAGCCGCAGCCACCGCCACCGCCGCCGCCGCACGGAGUGCCCCACCCCCAUCCGCAUGGCAACCACCAUGUGGUACCGCUGUCGCACCUCUCGCCGCACCUGUCACGCAUGUCGCCGCAUGCCACGUCCUUGGGCUCGCCCCACCACGGAGUGACCCCCCUUGGCACGCCCCUGCACAGCAGCCUGCCGCCCAGUUCGACGUCGACGAGCGUUGCCGUUGCCGUCGCCGCCGCCGUUUCGUCCUCGCAAUCGUCCUCCUCCUCCGCCUCCCUCGAGUGCAGCGGUCCGGAUGUCUGCAUGUCGCCGCAAAACCUGAGCAUCGGCAACGCCGAUUCGAACGGCGAAGGACGUGACCUCAGUAGCGAUCUGGAUGCCGGGAGCACCAGCAGUAAUCCGGGCAGCAAUCUGGAUAAGUGCGCGGCCAGCGCGAAUAUCGAAGUGCUGGAUGUCGGGCGGGACAGUCCACCACCACCUCCGCCCAGUUCGGCUGGCAAGACAUCCGCAACUCCGCCGGCGGAUAUGCGGAGCAACUCGAUCGCCACGCUGCGGAUUAAAGCUAAGGAGCACCUGGACAACCUGAACAAGGGCAUGGUCUCCAUCGUCUAGCCCCAGUUGGUUCCUAACUAAGUUCAGCUGCAAUCAAAAGAAAACCAUUCCCCCAUCCCUAUAUCAUCUUCUAGGUGUGUUCUAAGUUUAGUGAAUUUCGUGUUGUAAGGUCUAAUUUCCGAGGCAGUUAACUUAACAUGUGCAAAGUGUAUUUGUAAAAUUUCAAUUAAUUCAAACAAAAACGGCUGAUGAAGAAGUCUAUUCCUAAUGCAUAUUAGCACAAAAUAAA